AUGAACUCAUGCCAGCUGAGCUUGCAACCACUCGCCUGGCUAUUCAAAUGUACCUACUGCCUCAUGAUACGACAAUGUUGUGGCCUAAGAACAAUUCAGCGGACGUGGUACGCCAUGCUUGCCUUUUGGAAGGGCAACGUAUGCGAAUUGAAUAUCACAGGACUCCGUCGAACUGUUAGUUUGCAAUCGAUGACAUCGAAAGCGAGUGAUUGCCACCUUUAUAUGUUGAGUUUCGAAGUGGGACUUUAUUCGGGCGAUGGUACAUUGAAAGGGGCGCAAAAUGUUGUAAUGGUAGUAUUUCCUUUGAUCGAGACAAGCAGCAAGUUUGGCAAACCGUUGAAUGUGGAGGAGACUUGGUGA